CUUGUGUGAAAGUCUCUUUCGCCUUGCUCACUUCGAAGUUCUUACUUCCCCUACAAACUCUUCAUUGUAGUCUCAGAUCCAUCGCUCAUUCUCUCACCACCACCGAUUGAGGGGCGAGAGAGAGAGAGAGAGAGGAGAGAGAUUUUCAGUCGCCAUGGGCGUGGCGAGCAUGGCGAUUCGAGGUUUCCUGCUUCUACUGCUGUUCUUAUCAGCUGCACAUCUCAGUCUUUCGCUUUACGAAGAUCAAGUCGGUCUCAUGGAUUGGCACCAGCAGUAUAUAGGGAAAGUGAAGGAAGCAGUGUUCCAUACUCCGAAAAGCGGGAGGAGGCGGGUUGUGGUGUCCACUGAGGAGAAUGUUAUAGCAUCGCUUGAUCUCCGGCACGGGGGGAUAAUUUGGAGACGUGUUCUUGGGAGCAAUGAUGUUAUAAGCGGAAUCGACAUAGCAUUGGGAAAAUAUGUCAUUACCCUUUCAUCAGACGGAAGUAUUUUAAGAGCAUGGAACCUUCCUGAUGGUCAGAUGGUUUGGGAAUCCUUUUUAGAGGGCUCAGGGUCCUCAAAAUCUUUAUUAAGUGUCCCGACAAGUUUGAAAAUUGACAAGGAAAAUUUGAUCCUUGUUUUCGGUAAAGGGUCUCUACAUGCUAUUUCUAGCAUUGAUGGCGAUGUUCUUUGGGAAAAGGAUUUUGCAGUUGAAAGUGUAGAGGUUCAACAGAUUGUUCAGCCUAUUGGCGGUGAUGUAGCUUAUGUAGUGGGAUUUGUUGGUUCUUCCCACUUUGAUGUGUAUCAGAUCAAUGUUAGGAACGGAGAGUUGCUGAAGCACAACAGUGCACCCUUUUCGGGUGGCUUUUCAGGGGAAGCACUGCUUGUUUCUAGUGAAAUUCUUCUGACAUUGGAUUCCACGAGGUCAAAGCUGGUACUUGUAAGUUUUCAGGAUGGAGAAAUUAACUAUCAACAGACACCUAUAUCUGAUAUUUUUGGGGAUUCUCUUGGAACACCAGUGCUGUUACCUUCAAAACUUCCAGGAUUUUUUUCUGUAAAGCUUAAUGGGGCUGUCAUAUUCAUAAGAGUGACUGGUGAAGGAAAGUUGGAGGUGCUGGAUAAAGUAAAUAAUGUGGCAGCUAUCAGUGGUGCAAUCUCAAUUUCAGAUGGGCAACAGGCUUUUGGACUAGUUCAACAUGGAGAUGGUAAGAUCCAUCUUACAGUAAAGCCUACUCAUGACUCGAGUGCUGAUCUGCUCAAAGAAAGUAUCGAUAUGGACAAUCAGAGGGGGGUUGUUCAUAAGGUUUUCGUAAACAAUUAUAUCCGGACAGACAGGUCUAAUGGGUUUAGGGCCUUAAUAGUCAUGGAGGAUGACUCACUUCUGUUGUUACAACAAGGUGCAGUUGUAUGGAGUAGGGAGGAUGGGCUUGCCUCAAUUAUUGAUGUAGUGACGUCAGAACUACCUGUGGAAAAGGUAGAUGUCUCAGUUGCGAAAGUGGAGCAGAACCUCUUCGAUUGGCUUAAGGGACACAUACUGAAGCAAGGAACCUUAAUGCUUGCAAGUGCUGCGGAUGUUGCUGCUAUACAAGAGAUGAGGCUAAAAAGCUUUGAAAAGAGCAAACUGACCCGUGACCAUAAUGGUUUCCGGAAGCUUCUCAUAGUACUGACGAGAGCAGGAAAACUUUUUGCCUUGCACACUGGAUAUGGGCAAGUUGUCUGGUCUCUCUUACUGCCUACUCUGCGUAAGUCUGAAACCUGCAAGUACCCGACUGGGUUGAAUAUUUAUCAGUGGCAGGUACCCCAUCAUCAUGCAAUGGAUGAAAAUCCAUCUGUGCUCAUAGUAGGUCGAUGUGGGCAAAGUUCUGAGGCACCAGGUGUUCUUUCUAUUGUUGACGCAUACACGGGCAAGGAAAUUAACUCAAUGGCUGCAGUACAUUCUAUUGUCCAAGUUAUACCACUGCCAUUUACUGAUUCGACAGAACAGCGUCUUCAUCUACUAAUAGAUGCAAACCAGCGUGGGCAUUUAUACCCAAGAACAUCUGAGGCUGUUGAUAUUUUUCAACGGGAGUUCACAAACAUAUACUGGUACUCGGUUGAAGCUGAUAAUGGCAUUAAAGGACAUGCUUUGAAGGGCAAUUGCAACCAGGAAGCCGUAGAUAGCUACUGCUUUGAGUCCAAGGAUAUAUGGUCGAUUGUAUUCCCAUCUGACUCAGAAAAAAUCAUUGCAACUGUGACAAGAAAAUUGAGUGAGGUGGUUCAUACUCAAGCAAAGGUUAUUGCAGACUCAGAGGUGAUGUAUAAAUACAUAUCUAAAAAUCUACUCUUUGUGGCAACUGUUGCACCAAAAGGCAGUGGUGAAAUUGGAACAGCUAGCCCAGAGGAGUCCUGGUUGACCGUAUAUCUUAUUGACACUGUAACUGGUCGUAUAUUGCACCGGAUGACCCAUCACGGUUCACAGGGACCUGUCCAUGCUGUUUUCAGUGAGAAUUGGGUUGUUUACCACUACUUCAAUCUUAGAGCACACAGAUAUGAAAUGUCAGUCAUUGAGAUAUAUGAUCAGUCCCGAGCGGAUAACAAGGAUGUUUUGAAGCUUGUUCUUGGGAAGCAUAAUCUUACUUCACCUAUUUCAUCAUAUUCUCGACCAGAGGUUGUGACAAAAUCACAGUCCUACUAUUUCACAUAUUCUGUUAAAGCAAUAGAUGUGACCUUAACAGCAAAGGGUAUAACUUCAAAGCAGCUUCUUAUUGGUACAAUUAAUGAUCAGGUUUUGGCACUUGACAAGCGUUUUCUAGAUCCCCGUCGGUCACUCAAUCCCACACAAGAGGAGAAAGAGGAAGGCAUUAUUCCUCUGACUGAUGCAUUGCCAAUAAUUCCUCAGUCCUAUGUGACACAUAACCUCAAAGUGGAAGGACUUCGAGGCAUCGUGACAGUACCUGCCAAGCUGGAAUCAACAACUCUUGCCUUUACAUACGGAGUGGAUCUGUUUUUCACUCAACUCGCUCCCUCGAGGACCUAUGAUUCGCUCACAGACGAUUUCAGCUACGCGUUGCUUCUCAUCACCAUAGUUGCACUCAUAGCAGCAAUCUUUGUCACAUGGGUUUGGUCGGAGAAGAAAGAACUAAAAGAGAAGUGGAGGUAACCUGUCUUCUAGGUAUUUCGAUCUGACAUUUUUGCGUUUUUUUCCCCCGACUUUUAACUUAAAUUAGGAGGUUUACUCCCAAGUCGUAAUUUUAGCAUGCCUAGCCUAGCUUUAGAGGCAUUUUAUGUUGUAAAAAUUCGAUAUUAUUUUUUUGUAUCGACAUUCGACAAUCUAGAUUGUGUCUUGAUGUUGUACAUUUCAAGUGCAAGAAAAUAGUGAACUCUUUCACGCCGUUUA